AUGGGACUAGAGAUCAACUAUACCAUGACCAAGUGCAUGGUGGUAUCCAAGAAGAGCAGUCCAAAAUGUAACUUGAAACUGAAUGAACAGAUUAUUAUACAAGUCUCCUCAUUUAACUACCUCAGCAGCAUGAUCACCGAGGAUGCCAGAUACUGUUCCUCGGAUCCUUGUCUAGAGAAUGCUCCUUGUGUCAAUGCUACUUUGGGAUACUACUGUCAAUGUCCAGUUGUUCCUGUUUCAACAUCAGCUGAAACUGUUUACUCUGGACAGAACUGUGAUGAAUCCUAUAUUGGGAGCGCUGGAUGCAAUAUGAAUUACUACGACAGUGAAGGGAAUAUCACGAGUCCCGGUUACCCUAAUGAUUACCCGAAUCGUCAGGAUUGCUACUCUCAUCUGAAAAUCGAAGAUGCAACGCAAAUCACGCUCAUCCUAGAGGAAUUCAUUUUAGAACAACCGCAGGACACCCUUCUUUUUGGAAAAGGUCCCAAAAUCUAUGAAAUCGAUCCCAUGCAACCGGACAUUUAUGAACUUAGUGGAGACCUCACAAGCUUACCUCUGAGCGAAAGGAUAUAUGUAUUUAACGACACAAACCAAAUCUUCUUCUACUUCUACUCGGACAAAAACGUAGUCUAUCCGGGUUAUCGCAUUUCCUAUACGGCUGAUAUUGAUUCCUGUGUGUCGGGACCGUGUCUUAAUAGCGCAACGUGUGUGGAUGAAUCCUAUAACUACUCAUGUAUGUGUGCGCCUGGGUAUACCGGUCGAAACUGUCGAGACGGUAAGUAGAUUAAAACAGUUAUUCGCAUCUGCCUGAGAAAUGUAUACCUAAAAUUAUAUUUAUGAUGGCUACAUG